CCGCCACCUUCCAGGACACUUCCAUCGAUGACCCGUCUUGAAGACAUGGUCGGUUGUAUAAAUGUUCUACGACCCCGAAGAGCUUGGUAUAGACCAGAGUUAGUAACGAAGAAGCGAGGUUUGUCGCGAGGGCAGAAAUGGAUGUGGUGGUUACUGGAAGAGGUUGCACAUGUGAGGAAAGUGUGGUUUGCACCUCCUCCACGAUCACCACCCAUACAUCCAGCACACUUGUCUCCGUAGAGCGUUGGAAGGGUGUUGAGACGUGGAUCUAUCUCACGACUAACUCACGACUUGCUUAUUAUCCAGGAACAGCAGAUAAGAAACAGUCCAGUUGGCAGCCCUAGACACCUGCCAUGUCGGACGCACAGCGGAAAGAACUCAGCGCAUUCUUUUCGUUCUUCGCCACAUUCGAUCUCACAAGACCAGUAACAACUGUUGCUGAUCUUUCCGAUGGUGCAGCUCUGUUUGAGGUUCUGUCUGUAAUCGACGCAGAAUACUUCCGUCAGGCCACUCGCCCGUCGGCCCAGCCCUCAGAGAACUGGGUGUUACGAUUCAGUUCUCUGAAACGGCUCUACCGGCUCAUGACCCAAUACUUUUCUGACAUCCUUCACCAACAUACAAGCGCGCUGGACGUGCCAGACCUGCAAGCCAUCGCCAAGGACCAGAAUGUCAGCGCGACUCUCAUUAUGUGUCGUCUUACCAUUGCAAUUGCAGUGCAAUGUGAAGGAAACAAGGCAAUCAUCGAGAGGAUAACUAAACUUUCGGAAAGUGAGCAACAUUCCCUCAUGAAGGCCAUUGAGCAGUGAAGGCCUCGGGUGAGACACAUACCGGAGAGACUAGUAUGACUGAGUGCGUGUUCCUCGCUAUACACUCUUCUUCUGCUGGAUCGUCUGUUUAUUCUAGGGAUGAUCAUUAUUACCAGCUUCAGUCGGAGCGGAGUCGUAUUCUUUCUGAGAAGGAAACACUGGAGAAGGUCUACCAGACACUCAUGGAGGAACAUCGCACACUUCAGUCAAGCUUGGACGACGCACUCUCCGAGAAGGAAGAGACCCUUGCUCAGCUCCGACAAGCUCAGCGUGACGUGGAGAACCGAAAACCGGACAGUCGUAAUGACGCUCUCAUGCGAGCUGAGAUUGACCGUCUAAGAAGUGAGCUCCAGAAGAGUGAAGAGAACCUUGCCAUGGCUGAGGCCGAACUUGACAAGCAUACUGCGCUUGUCACCGAUCUCACAAGGAAAGUCGAUGAACUACAGGUCAAGGCCGAUGAGGCCGUUCGGCUCAAAGAUCAGCUAGAUGAGUAUCGACAUACCGCUGACAAGCUUCAAAAGACGGAGAACGUCAUGGAGAAGUAUAAGAAGAAGCUGCAGGAAGGUGCUGAUCUCAGGCAGCAUGUCCGCGCUCUAGAGAGCCAAAAUGCCGACCUGGUCGAUAAGAAUGCCUCGCUAGAGGAAGAGUACCGCAAAGUCGCUGCCUUCAAACCGUUGAUGGAAUCCUACAAAACCCAAAUCGCGGAAUUGGAGACAAAGUCUUCUUCUCGAAGCAAAGAGCUCGAUGCCCUUCGAUUUGAGUUGGAGCAAACGAAGUCGAAACUCAAGGUUGCUGUAGAAGAGCGUCAGCGAGACUCCGAGACUUUAGAGCUUUACCAAGAGAGAGUACGCGAACUCGAGCUCAUGUCGACUAGACCGACUGCCGCUUCAAGAAGGGUUGUCUCGAAUGCCGAGCCUCAGGGUAAUAUGGCAGAGCUGACCGAAGCUGAACUCCUUGGACCUGAGCAUGUUCCACCGCGGGAUAUGGACGAAGACGAUGAAGAUGAGGUGCACGGUCUUGGUGGAGAGCUUGAUUCGGCGUUGACUGGUACAACGAUGACCGAUCUCAAACUGCAAGUCAGGAAACUGCAGCGCGAGCUAGGGGCGGUAAAGAAGAACGAAGUUGACUCAAGUCGGGUCCUGGUAUUGGAGAAUUUGCUCGAGGAUGCGAAUAGGAUGAAGGCUAGGUAUGAGGCAGAUUACCUUGCUGCUCAUAGGGAAAAAUUGGUCUUGCAGAAUGACUUGGAGGAGAUCAGGAGUGGCAAGUCCAUGGGCGACGGCGCCGAAGCAGCCAUUGCUCUGCGACAACGGCUGAACGAGACGGUUGAUCAACUGGAUGCCUUACGCAAAGCGCACACUGAGCUUGAGGUCCGAUUCGAGGCACAGAGCAAGGAGCUGACGAUCGCGAAAUCAGACUUGAAUUUAGUCAACAAGGACCAGCUGGACAUCCUUGCGACGCUGCGAGAGUCUGUCAAUGAAGACAAGGCUGGUCUAGAAGCAGAAGUUGGACAGUUACUCGAGCAAAUCAAGGAGCUCUCGGACAAGAACAAGAUGCAGCUUGAGCAGAUCAAUGGACUGCUAUUAGAGAAGGUUAACCUGCAGAGCGAGGGCCUUGAUCAAAGAGAUCGUAUGCUUCAGAGAGAACGUGCUAUCGGCGAUCUGCGUGCUUCUCUCUCUGGGAAGGAUGUUCCUGAGGACAUUAAGAAUCGCAUGCUGAAGAUGCACGAAGAGAACAUUCAACUCCAGGAGCAAUACAAGACUGCUCAAGAGAAGCUGAACAAAGCUCGACAGUUUAUCAAACAACAGGACAAAUUGUUCAAAGAGGAGCAAACGAAGAAAGGAGUUGCACCUGGUGCCUUCGAGGAAGCGGAAAAUAGCUACAAGUCACAAAUCAAGAUCUUAGAAGAGGAUCUUGCUCGGCAACAGCGACUCAUGAGUGACAUGAGUAAACGGUAUGACCGAGAGUUUGUCUUGAUGAUGAGUGCGAUGCAUGAGUUGGGGGUGACGUCUGCUCGACACCAUUUGGGCAAUCAUCCACAACAGCGUCCAGGGCCUACUGCAUGGCUACCACAACAACGAAGAAACCUUGGACAAAUCCUGAGACGAUGACCACGCCGUUGGCUGUAGAUUUUUGGUUUGGUUACACUAUUGGAUUGCACGAGAUGGAUACCCCCACUUAGUUGGCACAUAUUCCCACUUUUUGGAUUAAUGUACUGCAUGACUUUGAUUCUCACAUACUCAGAAUGCGACCUUGCUUUUCCUCGUUCCUGAGGAAACGCGUCUGUGGCUUUGAGCGCCUCUUUCACGCGCCUGUAAUUUACGCGUUUGACUGUCGCGUCCUCCUUUUCCCAGCCGCAAUCAUUCACGACAUUUGAGCCAUCCU